CUAAUCGAUGUCAGUGUGCGACAUUCUGUUCUGUUCCCCUCUGGGCCAACAUUUUCUUUCUCCCAGACAUAGUAUCACGACUCCGGUAUUAGCUGCUUCGUCCGAGUCCCAGUGUACCACAUUGAAAUCAGCAUGAAAUCUCUUCUGGCCUUCCUGCUCUGCUUCUCACCUUUUCUGUACAUGGAGGUGGAUGGGGCACCUAAUGGUACGGAAUCUCGCGAGGAAGAAACUACAAAACUCCAGCAACAAAUUCCACAAGUAGAACCUCCUAGCAAUGUCACUGCUGAAAGCCUCAAGGAAAAGCUGAAAACGGCGAAAGAAACGAUGCAGAACAUGAUGGCCAUCGCAGAGGACUGGGUGAAUCGACUCGGAGAGAAGGAAGAAAGAAACGAGACGCACGAGAACGAUACCGGAAUCGAUUUUCGUUCCGACCUCCAUCGGGAGAUCCUCACGAAUCGGGAACUCAUGAAGGAGCUCCUCAACGUUUCUCAGUGA